CAGUCUAGUUGCUUUGCUUCCUGCCGCAUUGCAUUGGAUUUUACGGCGCCCAAAGGCUGAGCCAAAGAACGGUAGUGGCUGGCUUGUGCAUAUCUGGCGCGCAAUAAGCGGAAACGAGCUUUCGUAGACCGGUGUUACAUAUAUUCUUGAUGCGCCACAGCUGCGAAGAGAGAUUCCACUGAAAAUUGCCAACCAGUUUCAAACCAAUGGGCUGCUACGUUUCAGGAUUCAUGUUUACAUCUCACUGACCUAGUUUACAAAUGUUUUAUUGAGCUGAAUCGUAAUCGCGCACAAACUGCCAUUACUUUCAAAUGCCGACGGGACGUUUUUCUCACCGAUCCCAAAUGGAUCGAGAAAAGCGGUUUUUGUGCCAAAUUUCUACCGGUAGCGCCCGGGCUUAGGCGCGAUUGGGUGUUGUUCCGUGCUUCAUAAUGUCCUUCGAAUGGUUACCAUAAUCAGUUCAUGGGAAAUGCCGGUCUCCUACAGAAUGAAUAGAAUGCACAGCAUCAGCGAAGACCACGAAGCCGAGGAUGAGCCACCUCUGGACCUGUCCACGGAGAAUAGCAUUGAGUCAAAGAAUGCACGGAAUUCUUGCUCGUACAAGAAGAACCUUCUCAAACGCUACAUGGUCACUUCGAGCGGAUCCGACGAUGAAGACAGAGAGGAUGAUCCCCGAAGCGAAAGCCGGGAAAGCUUGCAAAAUCUCAGUGAACGUGAUAGUUCACAAUCUCGCACAACGUUAAAUAAGUCGCUCAGUCCACAUUCAGCCUACUCGUCCACCAAUACCGGCUCGCAUCCUCCAAGCCCCUCAGACAGUGGUGUUUCAGACAUCGACAGUAGUGCCAGUGACGAUCGGCGAUUUUCUGCAGCUCAUAAUCCAAAUGUGCAACGGGUGCCAUUUCUCAACCCUACGUUUUUUCCACCAAAUCACAUGUCCCCGCAUCUCCAUCCAGACUUGUAUGGUUCGCAAGCCGCCUUAGCGGCCACGUAUGCCGCUGCAGCCAUGCUGCAGCAGCAGCACCAUUCCCUCCUUUCCGCUUCGCCAGCGUCCCAUCCGCAUGCGAUGAUGGCCCAGUUGGCGGCAAUGUUGGGCCGUGGGAUGCCGGGUCAGCCCAUUCCCUCGCCGGCCAGGAAUGCCGCUCUGGCAGCAGCCGCCGCCGCAGCGCAUUCGCACUAUGCACCGCCGAUGCCGGCUCUGCACCAGCUCCCUCCCAUUUCCCAUGUUACGCAUUCUUCACACGCAUCCGCCCAUCCCACCACCGCGCUCUCCACGGGGCGCAGUCAGUCCCCACUCAAUAUGGAUGCGGAUCAUCUUACACUGCCGGAAGAGGCCGAUUCUGAGGAUCUCCUUGAACCAAAGAAAAAGCAUCGAAAAACGCGGCCAAUGUACGAACCAUCUUUAGACGGCUCUGGUAGCUCGUCAAAGAAAAAGCGCGAGGGCACGACGUAUCUGUGGGAAUUUCUUCUGAAACUGUUGCAGGAUAAGGAAUGCGCGCCGAGAUAUAUUCGGUGGACUAACAAGGAAAAGGGCAUCUUCAAACUGGUUGACAGCAAAGCUGUUUCCAGGCUGUGGGGAAUACAUAAAAACAAGCCCGAUAUGAAUUACGAAACGAUGGGGCGUGCAUUAAGAUACUACUACCAGAGAGGCAUCCUAGCGAAGGUGGAUGGCCAGCGUCUUGUCUACCAGUUUAAAGAGAUUCCGAAAGAGCUUAUAAACGAGCUGCAACGAGAGUCACCCUGAGAGUGCUGUUUGUGCGCAAAUUUGUUGCAUUGCAAUUGGAAAGCGGGACGCAAAGCGUGAUAAAUGAAAGAAGCACCAGGAUCCGAGUGACUACUUGCUGCCUUAUUUAUAGUUGUUCUUAACACAGACUUUUUUCGUACUCAUUGCCGUGUUUCGCGUUUGAUUUGUAUUGUCUUACGUCUGACAAUUUUCCACCUUGGAAGACAAAUUCUUUCCAAUAGCGUUUUGCCGCCCAUUAUGGAUCUGCUUAAACUGGGAAAUUUUUUUCUGUCAUGGCAUUUACUCGUUUAGUAUCGACGUGUACCUAUGCUGCAUGGAAAUGGAUGGGAAGAUCCGGCAUGUGACCUUUCUUAUGGACUUUGAUGGAAAUUGGUUCUGCGCACAGAUUCUGGUUCUUGGUGUUUCCCUUAUUGUAUAGUAGGUCUGCUGUAGUAUUAGUUGUUUCUCUGUCCUAGCGUUUUUAGCCAGUUCUGGCAUCAUUUCUGGGGCAUUUCUAAUUCUGCAGAUGAAUGUACAUGGAGUGGGUGAAUAUGUAACAUUUGUGAUGUAAAAAUUUCUGAAUGACGGUUAAUUAGAAUUAGUGUUCUGGUUGCUGUAUUAGCUACUGAUGCCGAUUCAGAGGCAAUAAAUUCGAUAAAGGUUCUUCGCAAAUAAAC